AUGUUAGCACGGGGGCCCAAGUCGGUCUACGUCUGUCUGCGAUGUCAGAGAAAUUUACUCGGUGACAACCUCAACCACCCUGCUCGCGUGCUUCGGCGAUGGCAGAGUGCAGCUCCAAGCCGAGCGGCACUCGACGACAUCGACUACGGCGAUGACAGCAAUAGCACCUCCGUCCAUCAGCCUCAAGAUGAAAGCCUGUCCCGACCCCGGCCCCGUGGCAAACGACAGUUUUGGCGAAAGUGGAAGCCGGAUCCCACAGCUCAACUGGGCGUCAACUCCCUAGGCAAACCUGCCGAAGUCAUCCUGCUUCCUUCAAGGGACCGCAAGAUAACCCAAGUACCCAAGGGGGACCGAACGGAACGAGCUGGAACCACACUACAGGAGUCGCUCGAUUCGGAAAAUGUCCCGCUGAGCGGUGCAAAGUUGGCAGAAAAUAUCGAGCAGAUACGCCUUCUGGUGGGAAAGAUGCGCGGGCAAUUGGAAAAGCACGAGUGGAAGACAUUGAAACGGAAUCUGAAGACCGGGUUCCAGACUUCACAGUUGAAGAAGUACAUCCGUCUGCGGAAAGGCGACCAUGGUCCUCCUCCAGAGCUGCGCAGGAACCAGAACAAGGACGACAUCAUCAGAUACUUGGCCGAGGAAAUCUGGGGCUUCAUCACUCCUGCGCGCGACGAGAUUCCGACGCUGCCGGACAAGACCGGGAAAAAGGUCAAAUUCUCCUUCAAUCUAGACGGGCAGGCCAAGUUGGAACACCUUCUGACGCAUCCAACCCAGCCGUUGAAGAGCAUUGCAGAGGAACACGAUGUGCAGAUUGACGUGUACCCUUCUCAAUCCCGGAUCAGGACAACGGGAUACAAGCACGAUGCGAAUCGAGCGCUACAGAAGCUUGUUCGUUACGCGAAGGACCUCGCCUUGGUCGUCAUCCCACUGCAAGGACCUUUGGGACUGGUAUAUCGCAAUCGCACUGGGGAGGACUAUGCCGAUGCCUACCUCAAGUCUCUUCGGCGGAAGUACCAAGGACUGACUAUCGCGCGGGACAAGGAACACAUCACACUGAUUCACCUGAACAACCCCCGUGCAGCCGACCAAGCCCGCCGCGAGAUCUUGCUCUCCGCUCCACUGAAGGACGAUACGCAGCAGCCAAUUGUCUGGCCAGACGUGGAUGAGCUGACCACCAGCCUCCAGCCUGUUCCUGCUCCCCCCGAACUUUCCGUGAUGUUGCAUCAAUACCAGUGGCUGAGAUUGGUCUCAUCUGGUGUCAGUCCGCAGACUGUCGGGAAACCCCCCUUCCGCCGCAUCUUGAAAGGCUUGCGAGACGCAUUCGACCCUAUCGUCGCACUUGGCAAAGCAGGGAACAGACAAGAGCUCUAUUGUGAUCUCAGUGCGAAGUUUGGUCAAGCGUUAGUCCAGGAAGUCCCACUGCCCGUUGAUGUCGAAAACAAAGUAGCAGUUGGGGACGAAGGAGAUUUGGAAGCGGAGGAUGAACCAAAGCAGGCAGGUCUCCGUGGAGAAAAGUCAUCUGAAGCGGGUUGUGCAGAAGCGAGUGACCCCCGCGACUUUCGGAUAAAGAAGUCAACUCUGGGAACUGCCGGACCUCCCACUGAGGCGCCUUCACAAGUCCAAGCCGUGGCAGGGGAUGCCGGAAAGGCGGAAGCAUUAGCGCCUUCAACACCAUCAGAAUCUCACGAAAGAAGGCUUUUUGUCGGUGGAGCUCCAUUCUUGGCACAACAUCUUGCCAGAAUGGACCCAUGGCCUGAGCAGUCGUCCGGGGAUAUAGAGGCCAGCGCUCGCGCCAUACUGCGGCUAGAGGUCUCCCCAGUCUCGACGGCUGGUUUGAUUGAGUCUCCUCGAUUCGAAAUCUUCGUGACUGCUGGUGAAGAAGCUGAUGGGAAGAGAUCUCUCCUCAGCAUCGCCAGGAUAUCUGCCAUCCAUCAAGAGGAUUACUUCACUGUAUCGUGUCCGCGGAACGACGUCGAUGUCGCCUUUACACUGCAGCUCAAGCAGGACCUUGCUUAUCCCGGGUCCGUCGAUACCCCCGUUUCCCAAUCGUUGAUGAACGCAUUCCGCAGCUAUAUUGGCCACGCCCAGUCGACCGGCUCCUCCGACUGGGUCUUUCUGCCCUUUGUCACCCUCCCGAUCCAUCACACACUGAUGAACACGCACGAGCACGUCCAGCACGCUACGGCUAAAAAUUGCAAACCAGCCCGACAAAAGCGGAGGAGGUCCGCACAGGCCGAUGUUAAGCUCGAGUAUCUUCUUCGCACGGUAGAUGUCGUCGACGUUGACUCGAGGACACUCUCGCUUCGGUCACCCAGCGCGCCUGCCAGGAUGAAGGAGACGGAAAACCCAACGAGAACGCAAUCUCUUUCGAGUGUGGCACACUUCUGCCUCGACCAUAUCACCUACACCGGCGCAGACGCCACUAGACAAGAACUCCGUCUGGCCCAAAGUCCAGUCCUCCACCCACCAACGCUGUCGGCACCACAACCACAUCUCCCUUCGUUCGUAGGCGCCGCACUAGGCCUGGCUGGGCGGUUGAGUGACAAUCCCCUGAGACCCCGGUAUCCCGGCAGGCAAGAGCUUGAGUUUGAGCCGCUACAGGACGACAUGGAGGUUCAAGGGGAAAGGAAAGACACCGAGUCAGCCACAAACCCGCACUCCGAAGACAAGGCGAAGCCGAAGAAACGAAAGGCAGUAAAGAAAGGUCAACAGUCGAAGCCGAAGCCAAACCCAAACCCAAACCCAAACCCAAAGUCGAAGUCGAAGCCAAAGUCGAGGAUGAAUAUCAAGCUGGCCGAGAACAACAAGCCCAAGACCAAGACCAAGGUUUCAGCGGACUGA